AUGCUAAGAACUGUCUUCAACAAACCAUCAGUGUUGAAAUCUGGAGUUAACUCGAUUACAAAGCAAUGCCGUUCUCUUCACGCAAAUGCUUACUUGUUGAACAAGGGCAACAGCAACGGUGCUGAGGGCCAAGAUGACGAUGUCACGGUGAGAAUCAGAAUCCCACCUAUCAAGAGAACCGGCGAGUCUCUAGACAAGAAGCGUGCUAGAUUAAUUUAUCAGUCCAGAAAGAGAGGUAUUCUGGAAACAGACUUACUUUUGUCACGUUUUGCUGCUAAGUAUUUAAAGGAAAUGACCCCAGAACAACUAGAAGAGUACGACCAGUUGUUGAACGAACUAGAUUGGGAUAUCUACUACUGGGCCACAGAAAACUAUUCCAUUACACCUCUUCCUGACAGAUGGAAGAACUCCAAUAUUCUAAAACAAUUGCAAGAGUUCAGUAAGAACAAGGAUCGUGAAAUCCUAAGCAUGCCUGAUCUUUCCAAAUACUGA